GUGAAUUUGAUAUGGAUUUUGCUCUUGCUUUUUUCACUUCGUGGAUUGAUUUUGCUUCCUGAUUAGAUCAAUCAUUUGUUGUUGGCUGAUCAGUUCAUGUUUUAACUGCAGAACACUAUUUAUUUGUCGUCAGGGAGGUGUGUAAACAUGGAUUUGCUAGGUAGCUGCAAGGACAAGCUGACAUAUUUCCGGUUAAAGGAACUCAAGGAUGUUCUCACUCAACUUGGUGUAUCAAAGCAAGGAAAGAAGCAGGACCUUGUUGAUCGAAUAUUGACCAUCUUGUCUGAUGAACGGGUGUCAGGAAUGUGGGCAAAGAAGAAUGCUGUUGGCAAGGAACAGGUGGCAAAAAUUGUGGAUGAUAUUUACAGAAAAAUGCAGGUCUCUGGAGCACCUGACUUGGCAUCAAAAUUGCAAGGAUUCUCAGAUAGUAGCAGUGCAAAGAUUAAGGAUGAAAUAGAAGACCCUUACAGGAUGGAUAAGAUUCAAUGUCCAUGUGGAAGCACCUUACAAACGGAUUCAAUGAUUAAGUGUGAAGAUCCCAAAUGCCAUGUGUGGCAACAUAUUAGCUGUGUUAUCAUUGCCGGAGAGAGUGGUAUUCCACCAAUACCACCUGGAACUUUCUAUUGUGAACUGUGCAGGUUGAGACGCGCUGACCCCUUCUUGGUACCAGUGACAAAUCCUUUACCUUCAGUAAAGCUGACUGUUACAGAUGUCCCACCUGAUGGAACAAACCCGGUGCAGAGUAUUGAGAAAACAUUUCAACUUACACGAGCAGAUAUAGACUUACUGGCCAAACAAGAGUAUGAUCUUCAGGCUUGGUGCAUGCUUCUCAAUGACAUGGUCUACUUUAGGAUGCAUUGGCCUCUGCAUACAGCUCUGCAGUUCAAUGGGGUCACACUUCGAGCAAUAAACAGACCUGACACACAAUUGUUAGGGGCUAAUGGCCGAGAUGAUGGACCUAUAAUAACACUAUGCAUUAGGGAUGGUAUCAAUAAAAUCUCCUUAACAGGUGUUGAUGCUCGUGUAUUUUGUUUCGGUGUCAGAAUAGUAAAGUGGUGUACUGUGCAACAGAUACUUAACUGUAUCCCUAAGGAGUCUGAUGGCGAGAGAUUUGAAGAUGCUCUUGCUCGAGUUUGUCGUGUUGGUGGUGGGAAUGCCACAGAAAAUGCUGACAGUGACAGUGAUAUUGAAGUAGUUGCUGACUACAUUCCUGUGAAUCUUCGAUGUCCUAUGAGUGGUUCAAGGAUCAAAGUUGCUGGAAGAUUCAAGCCCUGUGUUCACAAGGGUUGUUUUGAUCUUGAAGUUUUUGUUGAAAUGAAUCGAAGGACAAGAAAGUGGCAAUGUCCCCAUUGUCUCAAGAAUUACUCUCUGGAGCAUAUUAUUAUUGACCCGUAUCUCAAUCGAAUUACUUCAAAGUUAAGGAAUUGUGGAGAAGAUGUGACAGAGAUUGAGGUGAAACCUGAUGGUUCUUGGCGGGCUAAUGUGGAAGGUGAUAGAAACAGUCUUGGUGAUCUUGGACUGUGGCACUUACCUAAUGGGAAUCUUUACACAUCUUCAGAUGCAGACUCUAAGCCAAAGCCUGAAAUUCUUAAGCAGGAGGGUGGUUCUAAUGGUCAUGGUGGUCUCAGAGUUGGACUGAAGAAAAAUCCCAAUGGUAUUUGGGAAAUCAGUAAACCUGAGGAUAUUCCUACAUUGACAAAUAAAAUGCAAGAUAAUUUUGUGAGUGGUCAGGAUGUCAUUCGUGCGAGCAGCAGUGCAACGGGAAGUGGCAAAGAAGGUGAAGAUCGCAGUGUAAAUCAGGAUGCCAUUGGGAUCCUCGAGUUGCCUACCAACAAUGGGAUUGACUUUGAAUCUGUUUCACUUGAUUUGGAUUGUGCAUAUGGUAUUAGUGAUAGAAACCCAUCCAUACCGUUGGGGGAAGCUGAAGUUAUUACCUUGAGUGAUUCAGAUGAAGAAAAUGAACCAUCAAUGCUUCAUGGAAAUGUCCAGGGCAACAACAGGGCAGAUUCUGCUAUAGUCCCUUUUCCAUUGCAACAACAUGGAAUUCCAGAUUCGUAUCAUGAAGAUCCUGCUUUUGCUAAUGAGGGUAAUUCAUGCCCUGGUCUGUUUGGUACUAGUAACAAUGACUUUGAGAUGCAUACAUGGCAUUUGUCUCACAAUACCCAGGGAAGUCCAGGCUUUCAAUUAUUUGGUUCAGAUGCAGAUGUCUCAGGUUCCUUUGCUGUUGUACAGCCUCAGUCCAUUGAUUUUCCCAGUUCCAUUGAUUGCUAUGGGUUUCUAACAGAUGACAACAUGGGAUCGGUUGGUGUUGUACCUGACUCUUCUGUUGUUUGUCCUAAUGCCAAUAUAAAUGAUGGUUUGAUUAUCAAUUCUACAUCGUUUGCUGGUGCUGAUCCCCAUCUUCAGAUAUUUCUUCCAACUAGACCAUCAAAUGCAGCCAUAGACACUAAUACAAGAGAUAAACCAGAUGUCGCAAAUGGUAUUCAAACUGAGGAUUGGUUUUCACUUACACUUGGGAGUGGAGGCAUUGGGGCUACAACUGAUUCUGCAGCUGCAGCUGCUAAUGGGUUAAAUUCAGAUCAGCAAUUGCAAUCCAAAGAUGGUGGCUUGUAUUCAUUGACUGGCACUGCUUCACUGCUUGGGAUGAAUGAUAAUAAAUCCAAUAAGAUGAGCAGAGGAAGAUCAGAUAACCCUUUCUCAUUCCCUCGCAAACGUCGUUCUGCAAGACCGAGAUCAUAUCUAAGUGUCAAUUCUGAUUCUGAAUCCAUAUUAACUACAGGUUGCCAUGUGCAUAUGAUAAAUGAAGGGGCCAACAUAAUAUGUGACAAGAUCUCUCUAGGAUGCUGAUGGUCCCUGAGCACAAUGAUAUAGAGAAAACUUGACUUGUAUGAUUGUCAUUUUUGGAGCGCAUUUUGAGUUCCGAUUGGUUCCCGGGUUGUACAUUUGAACAUCUUAAAAGUUAAAAAGUGGAAGCACCUUGCUGAUAAUUUACUUUUUGAUAGUGAAGUUUCCUUUUUCUAAGAUAGAUAGAUAGAUUGUUAGAAGUCCCCACCCAUUUCUCUUAUCAUACUAGAAUAUAGAAGCCUAGAAGCCUAUCGGAUACUAAAAUUGGGUCUGUCAUGAAAUUUUAUGCUAUGAUCAAGGUUAAAGUGCUAGGGUACAUUGGUGGGAAAAGCUUACUGUUGAAUCUUUUGCACUAGGGUGGCCGUAGUACUUCUUUGUUACUCUCUGUUAACUGUUGCACAGAUGACUCUAAACUUUACUAUCCCAUAACUGAGAUUACUACGAGAUUUUGACUAAACCAUGGCAACAUAUGCCAUGCAGUUUGUCAAUCUUCUGGUUCAGUGGUUCCCUACAUACCCAACCUUUAUUUUGUAGCAGAGAGAAGCAAUACUGAGUCCCGAGUCCCAAAGUGCUAUUCUUCCCCAAAUUGAGGAGGCUAUACAAAGGUCAGUAUAAACCAUAAAGAGCACAAAACACAAGGUUGGGGCCAUAGAUUGUUAGGUCACCAUAACCUCCUCCCAAAACUUCACCCUUGUGACCAGUUUAGCUUCCCGUGCGAGCAAAAUAACCUCCUGUCCAUAGGUAGAGCGCUCAAGAACUGAGAAGACAUUUGCCUGUAAGUAGAACUGAGGUUUCUUGUCCCAGAACAUGGCAAAAACUGGGGGACUUUGCUUCCCAACAGCCAACACACGAGCUCCUGGAGGAAGCACACAAAGGACAACUGAAACAACAGCUAUAUACUUUAAACUGUUGUUUAUGAGACAGAAUGCACAAAAUUAAGGAUUUCUUGUUUGAUUCAUUGAUUGAGAUCCAGCAUAACCCGUAGGAUCAACAUAUAACAUUUAGGAUGUUCUUAAGAAAGCACAAAACAAAUAUAGGAGCGGAUGUGAAUUUGUAGGAAGGUCACUAGUCCAAUUGUUGUUUGGGAUUAAUUGUCAUGGACUUCACCCAGAAACUCAUACUUCUUCACACAUGUCCCUUCAGCAAACUCUGUAAAGUUUCAGAAUUUGGAUGUCAGCUUUAAAUGAUGACAAAAGGUAAAAACUGAAAGGCAGCGAGCAAGCUGAACUCGCAAUUUAGUAAGGUGAUUCGUAACUUGGUUUUGCCCCUUAUAGAGGUGAGUUAGCUGAACCUCCCAUUGGCAUUUCAUAACUCUUAAAUUUGGAGAUGUUUGGUAUUGCCAAAUUACCAAAUAUAUGACAUUAAACCAUUGGGGUUAGUGUUGGGGUUCUGUUGCAAUAACCAUCAAUUCUCAUAAAUAAAUAAAA